AUGAGGCCAGGGCAGUGGGUGUGGGUGUGGAUGUGGCUGCUCAGGCUGGGGCCCCUAGAAUCAGCACCCAGUGUGGAGAGUGCCAAGGCCUCGGGCCGGGGAGCAGAAUCUCCGCUCUUCCUAGACAGACCUGACUUCUUUGAUUACCCAGACUCAGACCAAGCCAGGCUCCUGGCCGUGGCCCAGUUCAUUGGAGAGAAACCAGUCAUCUUUGCUAACUCAGAUUCUGACUCCAGGCUCUUCCAUCACAUCCUGGUGGGUGCUCUGCUGGUGGCCUUCUUCUUCCUGCUUUUCCAGUUCUGCACUCACAUGUAA